UCCAGAGGAUGGAUUUAAUCGUUACACCUUUACUAAUUAUCUUAAUUAAAGGAAUUUACGCAACAACUCGCUAUGGAAGGGAUCUCAUGCCUUACAUGCCGAACGUGUGCGCGGAGCGGGAGGUGAAACUGGUGGCUCAGAUGCAGCCCUGUGUCCAGGCCUUCACCCGUAUGGUCAAAGUUUGGAAGCAAGGAUGUCAGGGACAGACCUGGUGUAUGGGCUAUGAGAGGAGGACGGCGUACUACACCGCAUACAGACAGGUGUAUCGGCAGGACUACCAGACUGUGCACAAGUGCUGUCCGGGAUGGUCACAGCUCAAUGGGGAAGCUGGAUGUCUGUAUCCGGUCUGCAGCUAUGGCGUCUGUUUCAAUGGAGGCCGAUGCAGAGAAGGAUCUUCACAGCUUUGUGACUGCCCUGCUGGCUUCAAUGGACCCAGCUGUCAGUAUGAUGUGAACGAGUGUGAGGAAACUAAUGGAGGAUGUGAGGCACUGUGCUGUAACACUAUUGGCAGCUACUAUUGCAAGUGUCCCUCAGGCCAGGAACUCAAGGAGGACGGCAAGACCUGCCAAGAUAUUGACGAAUGUCAAGUCCAUAAUGGAGGCUGUCAACAUAAGUGCGUGAACACUAGAGGCUCCUACCACUGCCAGUGUAACCCUGGCUUUCGCCUGCAUGUGGACGGACGCACCUGCAUUGCUGUCCACUCCUGCAGUGUUGGUAAUGGAGGAUGUGAGCACUAUUGUGUCCAGCAGACAGCAGCUCACUUCCAGUGCCGCUGUCGACCCAACUACACACUUGCCGAGGACGGCAAGCACUGCACCUUGGCUGACCCGUGUGCUGUCAGGAAUGGAGGCUGUUCUCAGGUUUGUCGCAGUGAUGGAGGGAAGGCCCACUGUGACUGCGGUCCGGGCUACACAUUGGCUGAGGACGGCAAAACCUGUGAAGACAUUGACGAGUGUCAGGCAGGUCAGACGGAGUGCGCCCAUGGCUGCCGUAACACCAGAGGUUCCUUUGUGUGUGUGUGUAACGCUGCCUAUGAGCUGGGAGCAGAUGGCAAACAGUGCUAUCGGAUUGAGAUGGAGAUCGUGAACAGCUGUGAGGUGAAUAACGGCGGCUGCUCACACCACUGUCAGCACUCCACCAACGGCCCGGUGUGCAGCUGCAAUCAGGGCUACCAGCUCGAUGAUGACCUGAAGACUUGCAUUGAUGUAGAUGAGUGCGUGGAUGGAAGCUCUUGUUGUGAACAGGACUGCACAAACUACCCAGGGGGCUAUGAGUGCUACUGUGCUGCUGGCUACAGGCUCAACGCUGAUGGAUGCAGCUGUGACGAUAUAGACGAGUGUCUGGCUGAGAACGGAGGCUGUGAUCACACGUGCCAGAACAGCGCUGGAUCCUUCCAGUGUUACUGCAGACGGGGUCACCGCCUGGCCGAGGACCGCCGCUCCUGCAUCUUGCUAGAAGGAGCAGUUGAAGCCCUGAACAGCGGUCAAGUGGUGGAGAGGCCCAGACCACAGCUGGCCGUCCUACAGGAGUACGAGCCUCUGGAGCGCUAUGAUGACUACGACGAGGACACUGGCGAGCUGCGAGCGGAGAGCACACUGACUGAGAAAUUUGUGUGUCUGAAUGACUCCUUUGGCUUUGACUGCAGUUUGAGUUGUGAAGACUGUGUAAAUGGAGGUGUGUGUAAUGCCCGUAGAAGUGGCUGUGACUGCCCAGACGGAUGGACAGGAAUCAUCUGCAACCAGACGUGUCCUGAGGGCUGGUUUGGACAGAACUGCUCGUUCAGCUGUAAAUGUAAGAACGGAGGUGUUUGUGAUCCCGUGACUGGGAGCUGUCGCUGUCCGCUAGGCGUCAGUGGAGACCUCUGCCAGGAUGGCUGUCCAAAGGGCCUGUAUGGAAAGCACUGCAAUAAGAAAUGUAACUGUGCCAACAACGGCCGCUGUCACCGCACAUAUGGAGCCUGUCUGUGUGACCCGGGACUCUACGGGCGAUUUUGCCACCUGCCAUGUCCUAGGUGGGUGUUUGGACCAGGCUGCUCUGAGGAGUGUAAGUGUGUGCAGCAAAACACACUAGAAUGUCACCGUCGACACGGCAAUUGCAUCUGCAAGCCUGGUUACCAGGGCGACAAAUGUGAAGAAGAGUGUGAUGGAGGCUUCUAUGGUCAAGGCUGUGAGAAGCAGUGUUCCUGCCCGUCUGGCUCGACAUGUGAUCCUGUGACUGGGGCAUGCCAGCGGCAGUGUCCAGCUGGCAAGAAGGGGGAAAACUGUGAUCAGGAUUGUUCAGAUGGGGAGUUUGGGAUUGGCUGCUCUCAGUCAUGUGACUGUUCAGGGGCCCCGUGUGACAAAGUGACCGGCAAAUGCAAAUGUCCUGCUGGAGUGAUGGGGAGCCGGUGUGAGAAAGAAUGUCCUGCAGGGCAUUGGGGAGUGAACUGUAAGGAAACAUGUCCAGCAUGUGAAAAUGGAGCAAUAUGUGAUAAACACAACGGCACCUGCUUAUGUCUACCUGGGUACAUGGGCAGACUCUGCCAAAACUUAUGUCCCACUGGUCGUUUCGGCCAGGGCUGCCAGCUGAAGUGUGUGUGUGAGAACAGUGGCCGAUGUCACCCUAUAACUGGCCGCUGCACCUGCGCUGCAGGCUGGACUGGACACAACUGCAAGAAAGCAUGCGCCACAGGACACUGGGGACCCGAAUGUGCGAGAGUGUGUGACUGCAAGAACAGUGAUGGUAGCUGUGAUGCUGUGACAGGCCAGUGUAACUGUGAACCUGGCUUUACAGGAGUUCGCUGUGAGCAAAAAUGCCCUGCUGGCUUUUUUGGACCGGGCUGUCGGCAUCACUGCCAAUGUGACAAUGAAGCAUUAUGUGACCACGUGAGCGGAGCCUGUACCUGUAAGGUGGGCUGGACUGGAACAUUCUGUGAAAAACCCUGUCCACAGGGUUUCUAUGGGCUGGACUGCCAGCAGAAGUGUGCAUGUCUGAAUGGCGGACGCUGUAAUCACCUCUCUGGAGAAUGCACUUGUCCGGCAGGCUGGCUGGGUCCAAACUGCAACCAGACCUGUCCUGUCGGUUUCUAUGGUGAUGACUGUUCCCAGGCCUGUGCUUGCCUGAACAGUGUGAGCUGCCAUGCAGCUACUGGUCAGUGUGUAUGUACAGCGGGGUGGACAGGACUAAAUUGCUCCCAAAAAUGCCCGGAGGGUUUAUUUGGAGUGGACUGCAGACAGCAGUGCCUGUGCCAGAACGGUGGGUCAUGCGGCCACAUCAGCGGCCGCUGUUCAUGCCCCAGCGGAUGGACAGGAGCAGCCUGUGAACUGGAGUGUGCCGCAGGAAGUUUUGGGACAGACUGUCAGCAUAAGUGUGAGUGCAAGAAUGGAGGCCAGUGUGACAGGCAGACUGGGCAGUGUGCUUGUGGGCCAGGCUGGACUGGAGAGCACUGUGAAAAAGCCUGUGUGUCUGGGCGUUUCGGGCUGGGCUGUGAAGAGCAGUGUCGGUGUGAGCACGGCGCUCCCUGUCACCAUGUUACAGGAACCUGCUUGUGUCCUCCUGGUUGGAGAGGAGAUCACUGCGAUAAAGCCUGUCUGCCUGGCACAUAUGGUAAGGACUGUGCUGAGCUGUGCAUCUGCCCACAGGGCACUUCCUGUCACCAUGUUACCGGAGAGUGUGGCUGUCCACCCGGGUACACUGGAAACGGCUGUGAACUGACCUGUCUGCCUGGCACCUACGGACUCAACUGCAAUCAGGUGUGCCAGUGCUCUGAGAGGAAUCAGUUGUGCCACCCGGUGUCAGGAGAGUGCUACUGCGCUCCAGGAUACAGAGGACCAAAGUGCAAUCUCAAGUGCGAGAGGGGACGCUAUGGUCCUGACUGUGAGAGGCAGUGCCAGUGUCUGAAUGGUGGGGUAUGUCAGGCCACCACAGGCACCUGUGAAUGCCCUCCAGGGUUUAUAGGUGCUCAGUGCAACAUCACCUGCCCAACCGGCCGCUACGGGCAGGACUGUGCCCGCGUGGCACUCUGUGGUGACGGGGCAAGGACUGACCCAGUGACGGGGAGAUGCGUGUGCACCCCUGGGCACAAAGGAGAAGACUGUGGACAAGGCUGUGCUCCAGGCUGGUUUGGUGCGGAUUGUUCUCAGCGCUGUAACUGCAGUAGCAAGGGCCUGUGUGACUCUGUCUCUGGGAACUGCACAUGUGGACUGGGCUUCACUGGACUCCACUGUGAGAAAGAGUGCCCUGAGGGACGCUAUGGUCCGAACUGUGUGCUGGAAUGUAUGUGUCAGCACAACAGUACUUGUGACAGAGUGACAGGAAGCUGCCAGUGUGGACCAGGCUACUAUGGACAUCGCUGUGAGCAUGUUUGUCCUGCAGGUCUAUACGGACUUCAGUGUCAGCAGCACUGCGACUGUGUGAAUGGAGCUCCCUGCCACCCGAGCACUGGCCAGUGUAUCUGCCCUGCAGGAUACAGGGGACUACGCUGCGAGAGAGAAUGUGAACAAGGCACUUUUGGUCAGAACUGUUCUCAGUCAUGUGACUGUGAGGAGAGCACGCCGUGUGAUCCAGUGAGUGGAAUGUGUCUGUGUUCUUCAGGAAAGACCGGGAUCAGGUGUGACAGUGACUGCAGUGUGAACCAGUACGGGCCGGACUGCGCCCUGAGCUGCGAGUGUGAGAACGGAGCAGACUGCGACAGCCGCAAUGGACGCUGCACGUGUCUGAAUGGCUGGAUUGGGCUGACGUGUACAGAAGGUGGACCUCCACAAUUCAGCAGCAGGACCAGAAGAAAGGACCAGUCACCUCACAACUCAUUAUAGCCCUCCCUCUCUGAACACGUCCAGAGACUGAAGCAGUAAGAAAACUAAGGGCACAAUUGCAGCUACUGGCUCAUCCUCUGGGGUAGAGGAUUCUGCUUCAGCUGUACAUGAGCAGAACAGUGACUAAAUACACGUGUAAAGUCUCAGAGGAGAGCAAAACCAUUAUAUUUGUGUAAAAUGACGUCAAGAAAAAACUCUGGCUCACUGGCGAAGUCACUGGCUGGUUUCUUGUUGACUUGUAAAGCAAACAACUAAGAUCAACCCAUCAAUUGAAAUACCUUAAGAAGCUGUGCGAACUAAAUGAGGACCAGACCUAAAGGCGGAUGUCAGAGGUGGCACCAUAUUUGAACAGGUGCCAUCAGA